AUGUGGCUCAUCCGCACUCGCACCGGCGAACUCGAGCAGUUCAACGGUCCCAACGAUGUUGAAGGCGGUUACGCCAUUCUCUCGCACGUCUGGCAGCGGCAAGAAAUGUCCUUCCAGCAGCUCCAGGCGCUCCGGUCCACCACCACGACCGGCGUCCCGCGCGACUACGCGUCACCAAAGAUUCGCGAGUGCUGCGUCCUCGCCGAGUCGCACGGAUACGAGUGGCUUUGGAUCGACACCUGCUGCAUCGACCGCACGAGCAGCGCCGAGCUCUCCGAGGCGAUCAACUCCAUGUUCGCCUGGUACGCGCAAGCCCAAGUCUGCUACGCCUAUCUUCACGAUGUCCCCUCCCAAUCUAUCUUCCCAUCAUCCACCUCGACGCGUUUCAGCAAGUGGACACCCCAGUUCCGCGACAGCCGUUGGUUCACGCGCGGCUGGACCCUGCAAGAGCUCAUCGCGCCCCGCACAGUGCUCUUCUACUCGAGCGACUGGCAGAUGAUCGGGACCAAGGCAAGCAUAGCCGCUCUCCUCGAGGAGAUCACCGGCGUCGACGCGGACGUGCUCGUGCACCGCCGCCCCGUUGGCGACGUCAGCGUCGCGCGGCGGAUGUGGUGGGCGUCGGGCCGGACGACGACGCGUGUCGAGGACGAGGCGUACUCGCUCAUGGGCCUCUUUGGGGUCCACAUGCCGACCGUCUACGGCGAGGGCCGGCGCGCGUUCCGGCGGCUGCAGGAGGAGAUCCUGACGCAGACCUCGGACCAGACGGUGUUCGCGUGGGGCCGCGUCGUCCCGUUCGGCACGCGGUUGUUCCGGGAGCGGCUCGUGUUCAGCAACUACCACGAAGAAAGCCACAUAUUCGCCCCGUCGCCGGCCGCGUUCUGCAACUCGGCCAACUUUGUGCCCAUCCCGCUGCACCUUGCUGCGUCGCAGGCGUUGAAGGUGCUUGGCAUCCGUGCUUCUGACAAGGUCCUAAUGUCUCCCGAAGAGCAACAGAGCCUCACAGCCCAGUACCUCCCCGACUUCUCCGUCACAACUCAAGGGAUCCGUUCCCACUUGUUCGUCGUCUCCGGAUACAAAGAGAGCCUCACGCUCGCCAUCGCCGUGCUGGCCUGCCAGGAGGUCUCCUCACCGCCCUUCUCUCCACACUUCGUUCCCUCCCCGAUCGCGCCACUUGGUCUCCUCCUCCGUCGACGGCUGCACACUUUGGAACCCGAAUACACUCGCUUCUUCACCGGGACCACCAUCGCGGGAGAAGCGAAGUGGGCGCGCAUGCGGUACCGUCUGGCGCCCGUUUCGCUCGCGGCCUACAUCCUGGCGGACGCGCACCCCGGAUCGCUCGUCGCGCGCUGGCAGAACGUGUACAUCUCGCACCGGGCGUCGUCGCGCUCGCCGUGGGCGAUGACUGCGUACGUCGGCUCGCGCCCUGGCACGAAAACCAGCCCAGGUGCGGAGGAGGACGAAGUGGACGGUACCACCGCGCGGGACCAGGAGCCGAGGACGACGGCGUUCAAGUUCGUUUUCCCGCGGUGGCUCCACGCCGAGUUCGAGAAGCACGGCUUUGCGCUCCUCCAGCGCCGCGGGCUGCGCGACGCCGUCGACUCGAGCGGGAAGGGCGGCAGCGACCUCCCGUCCGCGAUGUGGGAGAGCCUGCCCGUGGCGCCUCAGAGGAUCUCGCCCAUCCGGCCUGACCCCAAGACGAGGUUCCGUGUCAACCUGUCAUCCUUCGAAUUUCGACACCGCGCCGACCCAACUGAAGGAUUUUGUCUGACCGUUGGCAUCCGCGCUGGCGUCCCCUGGGCUUGUGUGGACUUCACUCGUCCCUCGUCAUCAACAGCGAACACCUCUGGCUCUCCACCGCCAAAGCUCCCCACGUCAAUUACUUUCCCCUCUUCCAUCACUCCUGCCGCGAAAAACACCCCCCGGCCAGUCACAGAGAAGUCAAGCAAGAAGCUUACGUCUGUAGCACGAGCCAAUGCCAACGCUCUGUCCGAAUGGACGCAUGGCACGCGCGUGUUCAGCGAUACAACGGGCGCGCGUACCAUCCAGCUGACGUUCACGCGUGUGGCGAGCCCUAGGGGUAUGCACGUCCUCGCAUCUCCGCUUCGUGGUCCGGCAUAUGCGCGUCUACGAAACAAGUACGAGACCAGUGGAAGACCAAGUUCUGUGAUCCCCGGGGAAUCUACUGUUGCUUCUAGGAAAGAUGCAGAGUCGCUCGUCAUCUCCAGGACCGCACACAAGAUGAAGACGCAAAGCGCCUCCUUCGCCGCAGGACGACGCAUGUUUCACACCAUGCGAGUGUGUCCUGCAGGAGCAAUGACUCCGACGCAGGGCGUGCGCCUUCCAGCAGCGUUCAAGCUUCCGCUGGUUCCUCCCUCCGCCUCGAGCACGGCGCCCGCCUCCCGGCAUCAUCUUCCGUAA